GUGUGGCAUGACUGGUAUAGUACGCGUGUUCUCACAUGACUAACAGGGUCCUCACGUGAGAAGAAUUUCGCACCUCAGUACACAACUGCGCUGAAAUUACCACAAUCCAAGGGCAACCGUCCAUGGAAAAAGCCACCAAGAUGAAGAAAAAGGUUUUAUUGAUGGGUAAAAGUGGCUCGGGGAAGACAAGUAUGAGGUCGAUAAUAUUUGCAAACUACAUAGCCAGGGAUACACGAAGGCUAGGAGCAACAAUUGAUGUCGAACACUCGCAUGUACGGUUUCUCGGCAAUCUGGUGUUGAAUCUUUGGGAUUGUGGAGGACAAGAAGCAUUCAUGGAGAACUACUUUGCAAGUCAAAGAGAUAAUAUAUUCCGAAGUGUAGAGGUGUUGAUCUACGUGUUUGAUGUAGAGAGUCGAGAGCUGGAAAAAGACAUGCAUUAUUAUCAGUCCUGUCUAGAGGCCAUACUGCAGAACUCCCCAGAUGCUAAGAUAUUCUGCUUAAUUCACAAGAUGGAUCUGGUACAAGAAGACCAGAGAGACAUGAUUUUUAAUGAAAGGGAAGAUGACUUACGUCGCCUUUCCAAGCCAUUGGAGUGCACAUGUUUCCGUACCUCCAUCUGGGAUGAGACCCUUUAUAAAGCCUGGUCAUCCAUUGUUUACCAACUUAUCCCUAACGUGACUCAACUUGAGCACAAUCUGGAGAGCUUUGCCUCAACAAUUGAUGCAGAUGAGGUUCUUUUGUUUGAAAGGGCAACAUUUUUGGUUAUUUCUUACUGCCAAAGAAAAUCUCAUCGAGAUGUCCACAGAUUUGAGAAGAUCAGUAAUAUCAUAAAACAGUUUAAGUUAAGCUGCAGUAAACUGCAUGCUCACUUCCAAAGUAUGGAAGUGAAGAAUUCUGGCUUUGCAGCAUAUAUUGAUGUAUUUACCCCAAACACAUAUGUGAUGGUUAUCAUGUCAGAUACAACAAUACCAUCAGCUGCCACACAGAUUAACAUUCGAAAUGCAAGAAAACACUUUGAGAAACUAGAGAAGGUUCCAUCGGAGGGAUCACAUUCAUUAAGAGGAAGAUAGUGGAUAGUAAAUUAAGAUACUGUAGUAUUCCUAUAAUACAAAAUGCCCUCCAUUCUAUUUGAUGGGUUAUACAGUUAUUGUGAAACCUUGAUAUGCUAGACAUACAAUACUGGAAUAAAUCACUAUAUCUUGA